AGACACAUACCACCCAUAGGGGUGAGAGGAGGGGGACAGGGAGAGGGGGAGAGAGAGAGAGAAUGAAUGGAUAUAUAAUGGAUCAUUUCACAUCCCAUGAUAACAACCAAGCCUGAUAUUUUCCAGAUACACUGUUGUAAGUAAUAUUCCAAAUGUUUUAAUAUUUAGCAUAAAUAUUUAGGUGAUAGCAUCUGGUGUUUUCACAACUUUACCACAGCGGGCCAUUGUUCGUGAUAAGUGAUUGCUACUCAUAUAUGCUACCUCUUUUUAAACAGUAUUUCACAAGUAUUUGUCAUAUCAGUGUUUGACAACAUUAAGACAGGUGAUGUAAAUAGUAUUUUAUAUCUGGUAAUAUAUUUUUCUCUCUGCACUGAGAACAGCAUUUUUAACAGAGCUUUUGGGGACUGAAUACUGACAAAUGUAUUCUAAUUAUCUGAACAGCUUCUUUCAUUCUGAAACAUUUUAUGGAUGUGUUAGCUCAAACUACAGUAGCUACACUUUCAGAUCUCAAGACAAACAAGUAGAGAAGGGGAAAAAAGGAUAAAAGAAAAAAUCUAUCUGUUAAUAUAGUAACCUUUAUCACAGGAAGUCUUUUGGGCGUUGUGUGUAUAUAUCUAUAUUUUAAACCCAGUAAGUGUUAUCACUGGACAAGAUCCAAUGCAUUUGAUGUAUUAAAAUGUUUAAUUAAAGAAAAUAAGUCGUUGUGGUGAUGUAUCUUAUGGCUAAACUUCAUUGUAGUAGUAAAUCUGAAUGUAGGCCUUAUCACAUGCCAAGAAGAAGACAAGAUAAGGACUAAUCUCUCUAGUAUGCUGAUUUUCUAUAUUCAAGGAAUCCUUUGUGGAAAAGCAAUCCCCAAAAGACUUGCAAAUGGUCCUCUCUCUAUAUGGGUUUAUCAUCUCAGUAUCAACUACUUGUUAAUACAUUUGUAGCAUAAUAGGAAUAUUCCUUAUUUCAAAUAAAUAUUUUUCCCCAUUGCCAAUUCACUGGGGACAAGUAAUAUUAGAUUUCUUGAAUUAUUAAGACCUUAAAGUUUUUAUGGGCAAUAAGAAAGCAGGUUGAAGAGGAAUUAGCUGUGUCUAAGAAGAUGUUGUUUGAAUAUUCACCUUUCACUGCAUAAUAAGGAAGCACUAAAGCUCUAAAGUUGUCAGAAAAGGACCACAAUGCUGAGAGAGAUUCCAGGGAAGACAGUGGAAACCUAUAAGACCACAAUGAAGCCUGGAAAUUUGAAGGAACCAAUUUAUCUUCAGUUCAAAUCCAGUAAGUUCUCCUAGGACUUUAGAAAUGACAAGCUCUGAACUGGAGACUUAAUACCUAUUGAGUGGGACAAGGUUACUUUUCCCAGAAUCCUGUUUAUGGGGGGAUAUUCAACAGUUCCUUUGGUACCCUCCAAACUCCCUGACCCAUCAAUGUUUUUGUUUUGUUUCUGAACAUGCCUACCAUAGCAGCCUUACUGCCCACAACAUGCUUGCUUUCAAAAUAUCUACCCACCAAAAUGAUUUGUUAUGCUUGCCCUACAGAAUCUGCACAGAAUCUUUAUGAAGUGGCCUAUAAAACAAACCCUUCACUUCCUGAACUAAUAUCUGAAUCUUAGGAUCAUGAAUUAGUUUCAACAUUGUGUCAAAUUCCAAUAAAAUUUAAUAAAAUUGUUGCAGAUACAACAAAUUAAAAAGUGCUGAAUAUAGGCACAUUUGCCUCUUUUCCUCCAGAUAGUCAUAUAAUACUAUUGUUUUGUUUUAAAUUUUCAUGUAAAACUACUCAUGCCUCUUGAAAGCAAUUCACUAUAUUGGGGAUGUUUUGAGCAGCUAACUUAAAAACUUAAAAACAGCAUGACUAUUUCCAAUAUCUUCAAAACUAUAUAGGUGUUACCAAGAUAAAGCCAAUAUUUUAAAUUGGCACAAACAGGCAUUUCUAAUUUGAUCCUCAGUAACAUAAUUUGUUUCUACUUGCAAUAAGAUCAUACAAGAAAAUGUAUAUGACAAUUUCAUUAUAUCACAUGUAUCUUGCGAUAUAUACAUCACAUAUAUAUUUUCCCAAAAUCAACUGUGUUAUUCAAGGCAGAGGUAUCUAAUGGUUAACCAUAUGCAAUAUCUUUUCUUGUAAAACAUUGAACAGGAAGCAGAUGAUAACAGAUAAAUACGUAUCGCUACCACGAAUGUCACCUCCAUGCUGUGUCUGAUAUUAAACUACAGCUGUUCCACCACUGCAAGAGGAGAAAGAAAGAAGACUUCUGAAUAGUUUCAUCUUGGAGGAGGGAGGUAGUUUUAUGAUGUAAUCUUCCAAGCUUUCCUCUCUUUUUCUUCAUAAAGAUUAAUUUCAGUGUUGCCUUACAUUGUUAAUACUAAUAACAAUAAGCGUAUUUUUGUUGUAAGUUAGUCUGAUGCACUCUCAAACUAAAGAAAUUAAAGUGACAAACUGAAGCAGCCUUCCUCAAUCUGUGUCUAGACUACAACUGCCAAUCACUCCCCACGCUGCCCUCUCCAAGCUGGUGGAUCUUGAUAGAAACACCUCCCAAUAACAAAGACGAAAGAUUGAACUGUAGACUUAUCAAGUGAAACCAUUUUCCAAUGUAUGUGCUUACAGGUAUUAAAGAAGGGAAGGAACGCAAACAUGGAAGAAGAUGAUGAUUACUAUGCAUACCUUAGCAACAACACUUAUAAUGAAAACUACUCACAUGAAACCUUUUUGGGGUUCCAGCGAGUUUUCCUUCUCUGCAUGUAUUCAUUUGCCUGCAUCUUUGGAGUGGCAGGAAAUUCUCUGGUUAUCAUAAUUCUAGUUUUCUACAAAAAUGUGGAGACGGUUACAGACACAUUUUUAGUGAGCCUGGCUAUUGCUGAUUUGAGCUUUCUUUGUACGCUGCCCUUCUGGGCUUAUUCUGCUGCAAAAGAGUGGAUCUUUUACACUCUGCCAUGUCAAAUUAUCCUAGGACUUUACACCUUGAAUCUGUACGGUUCCAUGUUAACUCUCACUUCUAUAACGAUUGACAGAUAUUUUGUAAUUGUCCAAGCAACCAAAACUCAUAUCAGUCAACGCAAAAGAAGGUUCUGGGGUAUUGUAGCCUGUAUUUUGACUUGGGUGAUCUCUCUGGUGCUUGCUUUGCCACAGUUCAUCUUCAGUACAGAGAAAAAAUUAGACAAAAAGAUAUGUUUUGCAAAUUAUUCUUCACGGUUUAUGGCGCUGUUCACAGAAACAACUCAGAUGACACUUGGAUUCUUCUGCCCCAUGCUUAUCAUGCUUAUAUGUUAUUCAAUUAUUGUAAAAACUUUACUCAGUGCUAAGGGCUUCCACAAGCACAAAUCCUUGCAAAUAAUAUUUGCUAUUGUUGUAACUUUCAUUUUGACGCAGAUGCCUUAUAACCUUUUGAAACUCAUUCGUGCCUCAGAUCGUUCUAUCAUACUGAAUUACAGGUUUGACUACGCUUUGAUCAUAACAGAAGCAAUUGCUUAUUUCCAUGGUUGCCUCAACCCAGUUCUCUAUGUCUUUAUUGGUGUGAAGUUUAGAAAGAAUUUGGCAAAAAUUCUAAAAAAUAAUUGUUGUGUUAAAUGCCAAGUUACAAAACAAUGGCAUACAACUGAUGAAAAUGGCUCCAAAAGUGGAACUGCCACAUAUAAUGCAGAGGAAACCAGCAUGGUUCCCUUAUAAGAGACCUAGGACAUUUACUCAGGAAUGACUUUAGACUGAUUUUAGCCCUAGUUGCCCUGAGCACUCAUGAAAACAAGCAGUAUGAAUUGCAUUUUUCUCAAUAUAGCUAUCAUGACUGUAAACCUUGUAGUUUUCUGGCAAAGAAAAUGGACAGAAUCUCACUGCAGUACUAAUUUCUUAUGCUAUAGGCUUCAUCUGAAAAAAAGGCAAAAUUAAAAUGUCUUAAAUUAUGUAGCAGUUUUAGAACAAAUUCUGAAAAGCUUACGCUAAAUCCUGGCAUCUUUUACUUGUAAUCAAUCACUGAUCAUGAAAAUGCACUGCCAGGAAUUAAGAGUAGAUUGAAGAAGCCACCAAUGUUUUAGCCUGCCUUUGCUUGCAAUAAGUACCUUUUCACAUUAAAUACUGAUAUUUCUGUACAGCCUAAAGCACAGAAUAAAGAUAAUGCAAGUAUUUGUUUUUGUUCUGCCUUUCACAAUGAAAUAUGCUUUACACUGACUACAAUAUUACUGUAGCCUAUAUAGAUUUUCUGCUCCUGCCGGUAAUAGAUUUAUGAGAUAUUGAGUAAAAGAACUUUCAUAGACUUUGUCCCCUGAUUUAAAAUUGGUUGUGUGGUGCCUAAUUCAAUUACAGAAUGUUGGCUAGUUAUAAUAUAUACACCAGUUGUUGUUAUUAUGUAAAAUAAACUCAAGUCAAUGACUAAACAGAUGCUUGGAGUCUGCUGAAAUUACUCUAAAUUCUGUUUUCCCAUCUGCAGAUGGAGGAGAGGGGAGGGAAAGAAAUGCUCAAGGCUAGCCAUUGAUUCAGACACUUUUGUUAACACCAAAACACUAAGUCUUCAAGCUACAUUAUGCCUGAGUUCAUAUAUUACUUUUCAUGGAAUCCCCACAUCCGUGGAGUUCACCGUUGCCUUCUCUUUCCACAGAAGCCAGGAUAUGCAACAACCAGAUUCAUACAUUCACUCUCCUACCAUUUAUUGGGAACGGAAAAGUUGAGUGCCUGCCCGCAUUACAAAUUCUUUUAUUCUGUGAGGAAAGUGUUACCCAUAAGGAAGACUACAGACAUGAAAUCAAUGAAAGGUUAUACAUUAAUCAUAAGGGGAAAAAAAGUGAAAUCAUAAAUACAGACAACCUGGAACCUUCUGAACUGGAUUUGCAGAAUUCUCCAGCUACAAUAGCCAAAGAACUGAAAAACCUCGCCAAGAAAACUGCAAGACCUUCUCCAGGCAGUCUCUGAG